AUGCUUUGCUGCCUGGAUCUCUCUGGGUCGGGCCACAGUGAGGGCGAAUUCAUCUCCUUGGGCCACUUUGAAGAGAAGGAUCUCCAGGUUCUCAUUCAGCACCUGAGGUCCUUGGGUGUAAGCCACGUGGGCUUGUGGGGCAGGUCAAUGGGAGCUGCAACUUCCAUCCUUCGAGCAGCUGAGGAUUGGAGCAUUAGUGCUGUCGUUUUGGACUCGCCCUUCAGCAGUCUCGCUUUGGUGGCACAAGAACUGGUCAACAGCCAGAUCCCCAUCCCAGAGUUUUUGAUGAACUUGGCUCUGAGACGAGUUCGUCAAGAGAUCCUUGAACGAGCAAGCUUUGACAUUGAGGAGCUGCAGCCCAUUCGCUGUGCACCACGAGCAAGGUCUCCAGCAUUGUUUGCUACGGCUACCGAUGAUGAUUUCAUUCUGCCCCACCACACGUAUGACUUGCAUCACGCUUGGGGCUCUGAGAUUCGGAAACUGGUGACCUUUGAAGGCGGGCACAAUGGAGUACGCCCAAAGUGGUUUUUGGAGGAAGCUGCGAAGUUCAUGGCUUCGAAGCUGGGCCAGUCCUUUGCGGCAGCUCCAGCGCAGCCGCAGAUGCCGCAGAUGCCGCAGAUGCCGCAGAUGCCGCAGAUGCCACGGCCAGAGGUGAAGGAACUACAGGACCCAAUGCUAUUGCCACCGCCGCCCCCAGAGGAGGCGAGCAAGGUCAAGCGGAGGACACAAAGCGAUGUGGCCCUGCAACUGAUCACGAUGGGCUUUAGUCAGGAUAUUGCUGAAGAAGCUGCGAGGCACUUUCAGUCUCCAGAGGAUGCAGUGGAGUGGACAUUGAAGCAGACGACGCAGAUCGCCAAGGACUCUGCUGAGGCUUUGGAUUCGUCUUUGGCCCAGAAGCUUCGGGCUCCCAAACCUGUCCAAAGCUUCAAAGCAGUUGCAGUACUGCCUGAAGUGGAGGCAGCGGCCGCAGCAGCUGGGCGGGCUUUGCGGGAUUUGGCCAUUCGCGAUGUCGAGCAAGGUUUGCUGCAUCAGCUUUUGGAGUUGGGCUUUGCUCCUGGCCCAGCUAGAGAAGCUGCACGCCGCAGCUCCUCUGUAGAAAGUGCUGUGGCGUGGUUAGCGGAGACAACGUGA